AGUGAGUUCCAUGGGGUGGAUUUUUUGCCAGAAGAUCUCAACGAGGCUUCAGAAGAGACAGGAAUGAGGGUGAACAAGAAAUACUCCUGCCUACCAGCUGAGGAGAAGGGGAUCCACAUUAUCAACAUCCGAGCUAUUGAGGAUAUAGGAUAUGACCAGCAUGAGAGUACAUUAUUAAAUUCCCUAUCCAAAAAUCCAGAUGCUGACUGCAAAUAUGGACUCUACUUCAGAGAUGGCAAGAGAAAAGUAGACUACAUCCUAGUCUAUCAUUACAAGAAGUCCUCGGCAGGGAGGACACUCACCAGGAGAGUUCAUCAUAAUGAUUCAGGUGCCCGAAGUGCCAAGCAGGACCAGCCGCUUCCUGGGAAGGGAGUGCAGCUGGAAAUGGGGGAAAGCGAACCUCACGUGGAUUACCAUGAAGACGACAAGAGGUUUCGCAGGGAGGAGUAUGAAGGGAACCUCGUGGAGGCUGGUCUGGAAUUGGAACGCGAUGAGGAUACUAAAAUCCAUGGGAUUGGAUUUGUAAAAAUACACGCACCGUGGAAUGUAUUGUGUCGAGAGGCAGAAUUUCUUAAGCUCAAGAUGCCCACAAAAAAGAUGUAUCAGAUCAAUCAGACCCAUGGUCUUCUGAAAAAGAUUAAUUCUGUAAUUCAAAAAAUAACAGAGCCCAUCCAGCCAAAAGUAGCAGAACACAAACCACAGACGGUGAAGCGCCUCUCCUACCCGUUCUCCAGAGAGAAGCAGCACUUGUUUUUUUUGUCUGACAGAGAUUCCUUCUUUGACAGCAAAACGAGAAGCACUAUAGUUUAUGAAAUAUUGAAAAGAACAACAUGUACCAAAGCAAAAUAUAGCAUGGGGAAAGGAGAGGGAAGAAAGAAGGAAACUACCCUUUUAAAUAAAAGACGAAAAUGUGGUAAAUAUGGGAUCACCAGUCUGCUUGCCAAUGGAGUUUACAGUGCUGCAUAUCCUUUGCAUGAUGGUGACUAUGAAGGUGAAAACGUUGAACCUAAUGACAGAAAACUCCUGUGUGAGGAGUGGGCGAGCUACGGAGUCUUUUAUAAAUACCAGCCGAUUGACCUGGUGAGAAAAUACUUUGGAGAGAAGAUUGGACUAUAUUUUGCCUGGCUGGGAGUUUAUACACAAAUGCUUAUUCCAGCUUCAAUUGUAGGGAUUAUCGUUUUCCUCUAUGGCUGUGCAACUGUGGAUGAGAAUAUACCAAGUAUGGAAAUGUGUGACCAGAGAAACAAUAUCACCAUGUGUCCCUUAUGUGACAGAACAUGCAGCUACUGGAAGAUGAGCUCUGCUUGUGCGACUGCUCGUGCAAGUCAUCUGUUUGAUAACCCUGCAACUGUCUUCUUCUCAGUCUUCAUGGCUCUCUGGGCUGCCACCUUUAUGGAACACUGGAAGAGAAAACAGAUGCGUCUCAACUACAGGUGGGACCUGACCGGGUUUGAAGAGGAGGAGGAGGCAGUCAAGGAUCAUCCAAGAGCAGAAUAUGAAGCUAAAGUUUUAGAAAAAUCACUGAGAAAAGAACACAAACAUAAAGAGAAGCAUCGGUAUUUUCCAGAAGAGACAGCAAACAAAUGGAGACAAAGAACAGAUAAAGAAAAGCUGACAUGGAAGGAUCGUUUUCCAGCCUAUUUAACCAAUUUUGUUGGCAUUAUCUUCAUGGUUGGGCUGACGUUUGCUAUAGUGUUUGGAGUCAUAAUAUACAGGAUCUCGACUGCAGCGGCACUGGCAAUCAGUUCAACUCCCUCUGGCCGGUCAAGCGUUAGGGUCACUGUCACUGCCACCGCAGUCAUUAUCAAUUUGGUCGUCAUCAUCAUCCUGGAUGAAGUAUACGGCUGCAUCGCAAGGUGGCUGACUCAGAUUGAGGUGCCAAAAACUGACAAGAAUUUUGAAGAGCGGUUGAUUUUUAAGGCUUUCCUGCUGAAAUUUGUCAAUGCCUACACACCCAUUUUCUAUGUUGCUUUCUUCAAAGGCCGAUUUGUUGGACGUCCAGGGGACUACGUCUACAUUUUCCAUUCUUUCCGAAUGGAAGAGUGUGCUCCAGGCGGUUGCCUAAUGGAGUUGUGUAUCCAGCUCAGUAUUAUCAUGUUGGGCAAGCAGCUGAUUCAGAACAAUUUAUUUGAGAUUGGCAUCCCAAAAAUGAAGAAAUUUAUACGAUACAUGAAAUUAAAGCGUCGGCGUUCUUUAGACCAUGAAGAGCACAUGAAAAAAAAACAGCGUUACGAAGUGGAUUAUAACCUGGAGCCUUUUGCUGGACUUACCCCUGAAUAUAUGGAAAUGAUUAUACAGUUUGGGUUUGUAACUUUAUUCGUUGCAUCCUUCCCACUGGCGCCUUUGUUUGCUUUGUUGAACAACAUCAUUGAAAUCCGUCUAGAUGCAAAAAAAUUUGUUACUGAGCUGAGGAGACCGGUAGCAGUCAGAGCAAAGGAUAUAGGAAUCUGGUAUAAUAUCCUCAGAGGUAUUGGAAAGCUUGCUGUCAUCAUAAAUGCAUUUGUGAUCUCAUUCACAUCCGACUUCAUUCCACGCCUCGUGUACCUGUAUAUGUACAGUGAGAAUGGCACCAUGCAUGGCUUCGUGAACCAUACACUAUCCUCUUUUAAUGUCAGCGAUUUUCAAGCAGGAACAGCUCCAAACGACCCCAUGGAUCUUGGCUACGAGGUUCAGAUAUGCAGAUACAAAGAUUAUCGAGAACCGCCCUGGUCUGAAAACAAGUAUGACAUUUCAAAGGAUUUUUGGGCUGUCCUAGCAGCAAGAUUAGCAUUUGUGAUAGUUUUCCAGAACUUGGUCAUGUUUAUGAGUGACUUUGUUGACUGGAUUAUCCCAGACAUUCCCAAGGACAUUAGUCAGCAGAUUCAUAAAGAGAAAGUUCUCAUGGUGGAGGUCUUCAUGAGAGAAGAGCAAGGAAAGCUGCAAAUGCUAGAAACCUGGAAAGACAAGGACAAGAAAAAAGGUGAAAAUUGUAACAAUCACAGCCCCAGACUCUCCAGGAGCCACAGUGGGAGCUUGUCCUCCUGCCACUCGUAUCCUCUCGACGUAUAGAAGAGGAGGGAGUUGAGUAUGUUGGGGCAUUCCACUGAUACACAAGCCAUCAUGUAAAGGGCAGGACUCGAUUAAUGGACAACCUGGUGCAUGCUGAAGGAUGUGCUGCCAUUUUGCUCCCAUCUUUGUGAGAAAUGCUCUUCUUACAAAUAUGGAGGACCACAUUCUAUUUCUGAUAAUACUGUUUUUUCUUUUGCACAAGUAGUAAUGCAGGGAAUUUUUAUAUUUCAUUGUUAGGUAACACUAUUGAUGUUGGCGAGCAUUAAUAAAUGCAGGUACUUAGUACGUCUUGAGAGAGAUAUUCUCUAAGAAUUUGACCUUAGUCUAUUAAUUAAUUACUUAAAUAAAGGUAAAUUUUAAGUAAUAAUACUACUACUAAUUUAAAAUAUUUUUGGAACCCCAGGCUUGAAGGUCUACGGGGUAACUUGGUAAAGUAUAUGCAAAAUCAGCUUUAGAGUGUACCCUAGUAUUCCUUUUGGCAGGAGAGAACCGACGUUGAGCCCACCAGACUGACUUGCUUUCCAAGACAGGGUUUAGCUCUGCUGGCAGACAUCUGUGUUUGAAGCUGCAGGUCUAAAACAAGCUGAGCUUUAGUGUCACACAGGUGCGUGGGGCACUUGUGGCAACCUGCUGUGUACCCAAGGCCUUCACUGGGGCACUGCUCUCUUCAGAAACAUCAGAAAAGUGAAUCUGGAAAAGAUCGUUUGUAUCAAUGACCGACUGAUGUGGAUGAAGCUACCUCAGUGCCCCAGGCUGCAUCAGCUGUGUCUGAGCAGUGCCCCAGCAGCUCCUCGCUCACAGCCAGACAGCAGCAGCACAAUUUUGGAGAUCCUCCCAGCAGGUAGAUGAUCAGAGCAUUUUAUUAAAUACCCUGAAUUAACGAGCACACGUAGAGCUGUGGUGACUGUCCUGCCUAGUACUCGGACACUCUUGUUGCUGAGGAAAUUCCCUUUUCCCCAUUGAGAAAGGGAUGUGCUAAAACAGCCAGGUUUUUCUCUGUAGCCCUCUACCCUCUGCAGGAGAAAGGAGUCUGCACCCGUUUUUCACAGCCAGUUGUCCCUGAAGAUUUUCUGCUGUUGAAUGGCAUUUCCCAGAGGCUGUGCUGGAGGAGUGAAUCCAAAACAUGUCCCACUUACUGUCUUCAGUGGAAGUUUUGCCUGCACUGGGGCUACAGGACCAGACCUUCAGUUAGUUACAGGACUUUUCUUUUGUCUUAAAAUACUCUAUCUUUUGUACAAGGAGCUUCCGUAGAGCCUAAAAUCCUUACAUACAAAGCCUAGCUAAAUCCCACCAGUACAACUCUUUUUAAGCGUAGUACAUUUUAGUUUUGCUUUGUCAAAUGAUAAACUGCACUUCCAAAUAAUAUUGGUGCAAUUAACCUCAUUUCUUUUAUUGCUUUGUCUUGUCCAUGGCACUUGCGUUACAAAUAUAAAACUGAAAAAUAAAAUAAAAAUGAAAGAUUUCUUUAAAGUCUAACUACUGUAUGGUUUGUUACAAAACCAAACGUCAAAAGACUGUUUUAAAGAAAAGUUAGUUAUUUCUUUUUUCCUUUUCUUUUUUCUUUGCCAAAAUAAUUUAAAGAUUAAUGCUAGAACUUUAAAAAAAAAUGCCGUAUUUAGCUUUUGAUAUAUUUAUUUGUUUUAAAGUAUGUGAUAAACUUGAUAUUUUUCUGUAGUCUGUCCAAAGAAGGUACCAGAAAAGAAAUUAUGUGGAAGAAAGAAAAUGGUAUUAACCAAAUAUUCUUGAAGCUUAUUUAAAAUAUUGAUCCAACCAAAGAUUUUUAUUAAUAAAGGGCUUAUAUUUUGUUAACUCUUGUUUCUGUUGUAUUUUGACUUGCAGGAAUGUCACUAUUUUUAAAAUUUGUAACUUAUGAUAGCUUACUACUGUAGGGCCAAAUCCUGCCUGAUUUAUUCACACAAUAAGCAUUACGCCUGGUAGUAAGUGUUUACCAGAUCAGGCCCACUGACUGCAAUAGAACUGUGAGUGACAAUAAUUCAAGCAGAAUUCUGUCCAUACAUCUUGUUGACAAAGUGUUCUUCCUCUCAUUCCUUGGCAGCCCAAAAGAUCCAGAAGAAAGCCAAAUGUGAACUACCUAUUCUGAAGAGAAAUCUUAGGGAACUUCCUUGAAGGGAAUUUCAUCUGUAAAUAUUUAUCCAAAAGUAUUCCCAACUUAAUACUGACAUUCCUGUAAAUGGUAGAACUAUAUCCUGAACACAUACUUAUCAGAAUUUUUCAUUAUUUGCUGAAAUCAUGAACUAGUAACAGUUGCUUAUACUUUCUUUUGUACAGUAAAUUGUUUGAAAUGGAAUUUUGUAUAU